CAUGCCGCCGGAACCCCUAGCACAUUGUUGUCUCGAUCAGCCCAAAUUUCGGGCCCACCCCCCACUUUUUGGAUCUCUGGAUCCGCCCCUGAUUAAUAUUAAAAAUGAAGUAAUAUUCUGCAAACAGAACAUGGUACAAAAUGAGUGGGAAACACAACUAUAGUUUGUUAAUUAUGUUUGUGAAUUUAUAAACCAAAUUUGAAUGAUUUGAUUGUAAUUUCUAAUGUUUGUUUGGUUGCAGUUCAUGUCAUUGUAUGCUGGCAAUUGUGAGACUGAAGUUGUUCAGCGUAUGUGGAAUGUAUACUUCCUUCAAGCUGAUCCGUUUUUGGUCUUUUUUCUUGCAUUAGUUAUAUUAGUCAAUGCUAAAGACAACAUUUUUUCAUUAAGUAGCGAAAGUAAUCAAAUAAUAAUUGAGAGUCUAGCUAAUUUUCCUGAUCAACUAGAAGCAGAAGAUGUGGAUGAUUUCUGUUCCUUAGCUCAGUACUAUGCCUCAAAAACACCACAGUCAUUCAGAAGGGAUUACCAGUCGAUGUUUGGUAGCAGCAUAGCUAACAGCAAAGACAGGACUAACAGCCUGUCCCAUGAAUUAUGUUUACAAGUUAAUGUAUCAGAAUUAGUCCAGUCAACCUCCCAAGCAUCAGUUGAUAGUGUAACUUAUUUUGUUGUUGAUUGUCGUCCAGCAGACCAGUACAACAGUGGUCACUUACCAACCGCUUUUCACCUUGAUGCUAACUUGAUGCUACAGCAGCCAACAGAAUUUGUAAGUGCCGUCAAAGCAUUGUCAGCAGCUCAACAGCAGGCUGUAGAGGCAGGGUCUGAUGCAGCUGGAGAACACCUCUGCUUCAUGGGGAGUGGCAGGGAAGAGGAAGACCAGUAUGUCCACAUGGUAGUUGCCAAUUUUCUGCAGAAAAAGAGUCAAUAUGUAAGCAUAGCAGCAGGUGGGUUCAAUGCACUACAUAAGCUGCUUGAGAAGGAACUUGGAACAGGUUUGACAGACCAUGCUGUUAACACAUGCAUUGUAUGCACUCCAGAGAUGGCCAUAUCAGAGGAAGAACUUUGUGAAGAUAUAGCACAGCCGACAUUGGCUGUGAAGGGGGCAGCAUUCAUGGGUAAACUGACAUCCACGCUAAAGAGCAAGUCCGCAACCGUCAAAGAUAAGAUGAUUGAUUUCAUUAAGAAUGAAGUGACCCAAGAAGACCGCCAUGUUAGUAGUGAAGUGACAGGAAAAAGGUAUAAAGCCAGUAAAAUGCAGCCUGUCUUCACCAUAGCAGAUGAUGAUGAAGACAAUGAUGGAAAUUCUUCUAAUCUCUCUGAUGAUGACAGAAGGGAAGUAGUAAAUAUAGACACAUGGCUCAAGAAACCAGAGGUCACACACAAGUUCAAAUGUCAGGAGGUCAGGGAUAAUGGCUUCAUGAGUCCUUGCAACCUGCUCCUUACGGAGUCUCAUCUAUACAUUCUUCGGGACAUACCUGAUCGUAAGGGAUUUGCACAUAUCACUGCAAGACGAGCCCUCUCUAGUGUUGCUAAGAUAACUUCUAAGAAGCGUUGUCCAGAACUUAUCACGUUUAAAUAUGGUUUCUUGGAAAAUGACGUCCUGAAACUAGUCAGCUACGAUAGACUUUUUAUAACAAAUGCUGGAGAAGCUACAAAAAUAAUUAAACAACAGAUAAUGAAAGUAAUAGGGGAUCAGCAAUGAGAAAAACAGGAAGGUAUGGUAACAGGCUUAACAUUCUGACCGUAGAUCUCUUUGGAGCCUACCAUACGAUACUAUACGAAAUAUUGUAUAUUGGCAUUAAAACCACUUCAGCCAAGGCUAUAGAGAUGCACACUACCAACAAUUACAAAAGGUUUACAAGUCUAGGGAGUGUUGAAGCUCCUCUCUGUACAUCUGACAUCUCAUUCCAUAAUACAAUGCCUCUAUAAGACAAAGUAUGCUUCAAAGCAUUUAAAGUCAGACUCUGGAGGAAAAAAAUUUUUGAUAUGUUGUAGAACUGAUUUUUCUAAGACAGAAAAAAGUUGUUUGACGAAAAACUGGGGAACGGUGAAUGAGAUACAGAUUUUUUAAUAUUUAAAAACUAGGGGAAAAAGGGGCGUAACCGCCAAUUUUUACACCUGUUUCCUCCAGAUUUUAAAUAUUCAAAAUUCUGAAUCUCAUUCACCGUUGCUCAGUUUUUGAUCAAGAUACUUUUUUCUGUCUUAGAAAAUCAGUUCUGCAACAUAUCAAAAAGUUGUUUUCCUCCGGAGCCUGAUUGACCUUGAUAUGAGCAUGCACGGUUCAAACUACGACUUGACUUAUUGUUGUACAUUUGUUGACCCUUGACCCUUGCACUCUGACAUUCUGGAUACUAUGGCGCAUAUAUUAUUAUUUAUUACAAUUACUGUCAGUCGCUCCUUUUUGGCUAAUAAGUAUGCUGCAUUCAACUAUCCAUCAUUUUAGCUAAUUUUUGGUUAUUAAAAGGAAAAAGGAAUUUUAAUUGAUAAAAUUAUUAUUUAUUAUAUUUAAUUGAUUGACCAAAUGGACGGAUUUUAUAAAUUCAUUGAAAUAUGUAUAUUGAACUUCGAAUUGGUUGCUGGCCUUUUCAUUGCUUUUAUUAAGAUGGUAAGUAUUUAAGUCUGAAGUUAUAAUCAGUCUUCAUAUCCAUUCAUCAACCACCAAUUUAUGCAUCAACACAUGUUUUGCAGAAUCGUAAAUACUCUUACGUUGAGGGGGAUUUUUAUGCUUGUAAAAGCACUGAAAUAUAAUAGUGAAAUUUGUAUUGUCUGAAUUUUUUACAUAUGGUUUUUUUUUACUAAGGGAACAAAAUGAAGCUAGUGUUUCUUUUUUAAAGCCUGUACGAGGGUUUUCACUCAAAUUAUGUUGAUAAACUUUUAAAAUAGUAAAUUUGUUUACUGCUAGAGGAAUUAAGCAUGGAGCUUUUACUUAUCUGUACUGAAUGGCAAUAUCAUUGAAUGUGUUUAUAAUGUAAAAUAAAUACCUGAUAUAAGGUUUAUCCAAAACGUGACAUCAACUCCUUUGCCUAAUGGUCUUUUAUUUUCACAAAAAAAAUCAAUUAAUAAAUAAAUAAAAUAUCAAUAGAUAAAAAUACUAUUAGUUGGAUGCAUGAUUUGGAAUUUGAUGUAGGCCUACAUUUUUGUUACAGUGCAAUUCCAGAUCAGAAGGGGAAAGGAGUUGAGGUUUGCAGAAUGCAGGCAGGCAUUUGAUUAUCUGCAACUAAUGUUUUUCAAAAACUUGAAAACAAUAGAUAUCAUUCACUCAUAUAAUAGGUGAAUAUAUACAAAUCCAUAGUCAACAAUUAACUGAAUUAGCAAUAUCAUAAAAUGCAGAGAUACAGUUUAUAAAAGUCACAAUUAGAAUAAUAUAAGUUGCAGAUAAUGCAGGAUGUAAAAAAAAUAUUUAAGAACUAUAACGGAUGUUGGAGUCAGUUGCGUUUGCCCAGCUGUUACAACACUAUUACAUCAUCUGGUCGUUUGAGAUACUGCAUAAAUUGAUCUGUAAUUGUGAUCCUAUCAGGUACUAAAUAUUAUUGUAUAAAAAAUGACUUCUUAAUAAAUUAUAAACAAAUUA